GAGACAGUUAUAAAUUUCAGAGCCUUUGCAAACUCCGGGAAGAGCAAUUCGACAUGAAAGCUGUCCAAUAUUUCUGCCAAGCUGUCUUGGUGCUGUUUGCAAGAGCCGCUGCUUUCCCACUGGCGGAUCUGACCGGAAGAGCGGAGCGUUUGCCUGCCGCAGCUCAGUCCUGUGCAGCCUGCGCCUCUCUGGCCCUGGAGAUCCAGAACACAGCGGCUGGUCUGCGGAACACACAGCUGUGUGAGUAUUUCUCGUUCUGUGACGGAGACUGGAGCUCGCUGCUCAGUUACGAUUUCAACUUGCCACAAAUCCGAGCUCAGGACAGUUGCUUAAAGAUGGAUUUUCACAGGGAAACCUGCCUCAAAGCGAUUGGCUCUGGCCUUCGGAAGUAUCAGCCCUUUUUGUUAUUGGUGGAAACGUCUAUCGCGAGUUCAAAUAACCAAGUGACAUGGAUGCGUUCCAGCACCCAGCGCCUGGCUGAAUUGGUCAUGAACCAGAUAAAUGCUGAGUUUGGUAGCACUGAUCUUGGUGAGAGCGAGUUGGAGGCUUCUGCCUCAAACCUGGAGUCAAGUACAGAUUGGAACCGACAGGUGAAAGUGCAUGUCAUUCUUCGGGACUUCACUAGAUUCAUCGAGAAAACAGCCCGAGCCAUUCGUUUCAUGACAGCGGUAUCGAGUCCCUGAACUGAAACAACAAAACCCUCAACGUAUGAACGUUAUAGUUCAACAUAGGAUACAAAAAUCCACAAUCAAAGUGGAUGAAUGUUGUUCUGUAAAAGAACUCAAUAGAUUGUGAAAGUGCACUUGCACUAUUACUGUAAACUUUAAAGUUGAAUUUUUUUUACUUACAUAAUAUUUCGAUUUUUAAAAUUUUUUUGUUAAAGGCGUA